GGUCCACCUCCACUCUCCACGCUUUUUCUGCUCUUUGUUGUUUUGAUUUCUAUUUUCUUCUCGAUAUCUCUUUAAGUCCAGGAAGUCCAGCUAAUGCAAUCUUUUUUUUUUUAAAUAUCUCAUACUUCGCAAUAUUUUAUCCUAAGAGAUGGAAACAAUUUUGGAAAAUGUUAUUUUGAAACCGCCGGCAACCAGCACAGUCAAGUGCAAUGCUUCAGCGGCAAUGGUCAGAGAUUUGAAAAACAAAUGCGAAGAGCUGAAGAACAUCAUCUCAGAAAACCGAGUUUUGGACAUUGAGAUUGACUUGGUGAACAAACUGAUUUACCGCAACUCCAACCGACUGAGGCUUGACAUCGGUUUUAGAUACUUCAGAAAUAUCAAGAGGUAUUUCAAAAAGUACAAAAGCAUAAACUUUGAUCUUACACUGGAAAAUUUCAAUUCGUGUCUGCCUGAGAGUACGUUCGGAUCGUCGUUUUAUCUACCUUCCCGUCAAAUGUUGCAACAUGUUUUGCAUCAAUUGAUCGUUCUGGUGGCCACACUCGAGAAAAUUUCUCUUUACUCGUUCAAGUCGGGCCAUUUAUUUCUAGAGAGAAUCCGCAUUGGACAUUCAUGGUCGAUGGCUUCUAUUUUCUUAGGCACUGCAUCCAGAAUAAAUUACAUUUGCAAAAGACUGAGCUGGCAGUGCUGUAAGCUGUACAAUAUUAUUGCACCAGCACUUCCAAAUCUUGCAUUGUCUGGACCGAGUUGGAGUCAAGAAGGGUUUCAAUUUCCUAAAAAACUGGAAGAUGCGCUGGAUGUCGAAAAUCCUAGCAAAGUAGAAUUUGCAAACUCAUCAUUUCCCUCUGGCAGUUCAAAAAUAUUCGACCUUGUUGUAAAUGAAGCGGAGGAAGACGAGGACGAAGAAAUUAUACAGUUCUAUGAUGGCCCUUCUCAGAAUCAAGAUUCUCCCUCUCCUGACAAUGAAAAUUUGGUGGACGUCAAAGAAAUUUCCUUUGUUGGUGGUGAUGAAGAUUUGGGAGUUGUAGACACAGAGCAGUGCAUCUCGACUCCUGGUGCGAGAAAGGAGAAAAAGUACAGAAAGAGAAAAUCAACUCAGGAUUCCCUACAUAAAGAGAUAGAUUUAGAGAAUGAAGAUGGAGAAGUGGAGUUAGUGACGGUGAAACGAUCAAGAAUUAAAAAGGAACAACCAGGGUCUCUAACUGAAAUGAUCGAACAAAUAGACUCUCCUGUCUCGCUCAGCAUGUUUGUUAAUCAAAAUAUUUGUGAUGCAAAUAAUGAGAGACACGCAUCAGCUAAGAGGCAAGUUAGUGGCAUCAUCAAGAUGUUGAAAAAGAGGAAAUCAAGUGAUCUGCAAGCUAAAAAUCUGGUUGCCCGGGCCAAAGACUUGUUAAAAUCAGCUUUGCUUUAGUAAAAAAUUUUGAAAUUAUUUAUCAUUAAUAAAAUUAUAAUUAUUUAAUUAAAAAAAACAAAGCUCUAACAAAUAAAAAUAACAAAAAAUAAAUAAUCUUUCAGUUCUUCAAGUUCUUCGAUUAUUAUAGGCUAAGAGAUAAAAGUAAAGAAAUAGGCAAACUUAACAGAACUCUUUUGAGCACAAUUGAUUUGAAGAUCUCACCUAAAGGAAAUUACUCAUGUUAAUUAAAGAACUGUGCAUUUACCCACAUAUUUUAAUUUUUUGUAAAUGAAAAUAUUGGGAAUCGGAAUGACUACUAAAAUU